GAAUAUAAGAGGGGGAAAAACUUUUUCAACAACUUCUCUGGAGGAACAGUGAUUGAAACUUUGGAAGGGAUACUAACAAAUUAUAACUACUUUUAUCAAGUAAGCAAGCCAUACAAGGAUUGGAUUCUUUUUUUCUUCUUUUUUGGUGCUGUAGAAAUGAUGGAAAAACCCUCUUUGAAAGCAAACUGAAGGAAUGAGACUAAGGAAGUUGUAGUAGAACUGAAUAUCUUCAGAGAAUGGGGGGGGGCGCUACAGUUGUUUUGAACUCAGUUUAAUGCCGAUUGUAGUUUCCUCUCAGGGCUUUUAAAGAGAAAAGACUCUAGAAAAGUAGCACUGGGACCAUGAAUGGGUCUGUAAAUUCAGUUAGAGAACUCUCUUUGGCUUGAGCAAGUAGACAAAAUCUUUGGACUAGAUUUCUUCACUCAGACUGUAAUGUGUGUGAAACCUGUCACAUAUUGAGGCAGACUGGCUAGCACUCUGAAUACAGCUGCAAGUAGCUUCUUCAGGCUUUAGACAAGCCUCAAAUAGAGAUGUGGGAUUGCACAUAUUUUAAGGCUUCCCUCCCCGCCCCCAUUGUGUCCACAUGCUGUAAACAUUGGCUUCCUCCACGAUUUUAUGGGUGCUUUCCAUUAUCCUUUGCACAAUGUUAAGGCAGAUAGUAUCAACCAAUUGCCAUGAUCCUGUGCUUUUUUUUUUAAUAUGGGGUGCCAGAACAUCUAAAUUGCUCCAAGAGAAUUUACUCUGAGCUGGCACCCAUUGAGUGUCAUUGAGACUUGGAAUAGCUAAUUCCAUAGUUCCACAACCUUGAAAAGAAUCUGACAAACAGACCAAGAAAGAAAGGAACUCAAAAUUAGAAAUGAAUGGCCUUGUUGUGCACCUUACAGAACUACAGAUCCCAGCAUUCCUAACCUCUGGUCUUUGCUAGUGAUGCUGCCAGGAGUUGUAACUUAGCAUUACUUGGAGGGCCCAAAGUUUCCUGCCUCCGAUUUGGGAACUAAUGCAGGACCGACAGUAUAUUUUCCCGGAUUCUGUGCCUUGGUGAAAAUUCCUUGUGUGGCUGAAAAGGAAAAACUGAGACAGAGCAUGCGCAUUGUCACCAAUGGAAUGUAUGGUUUAUAAGGGGACGUUGCAGUUGGCUAGAGGGGGCGCUCUGCCUUUCUUCGCUAAAGCAACCACUGCUGGAAAAUUGACUCGGAGAACUUCCUAUGAACUGGCUUUGUGCGCUGUGACUGCUGUGGAAUUAUCGCUGAAAUGCAGCCGAUCUUGAUGCCUUUUGAGUCUCGAUUUCCCUCAUCGUUCGGCUGCGUGGGCUUCUAGAUGCCGAAUUAACCAAACAGUAAACCUCGCUGCGUUUUGUAAACUUGCAUUUGCCAAAGCGAGAGAGAAUUAGCAAUCGGAUGGGACGGUUCGGCUCAGCCUCCAACGCGCGCUCUUCCCUUUAAGCCGAGUUCUUCUUCUGCGGCGUAACCUGCACUUCAAAGCAUCCGCUUCCCGGUUGCGAAAAUAUGUUUUCGGGCGCGCGCGCGCGGGCGCAGAUGUUACGUUGGAAGAGGGGAGGGGCAGAGUUUGUUUAAAAAAAAGGAGGGGAAAGGAAAGAAAUCCAAUUAGCUGUCUCUCCUCCCAAAUCUCGUCUAGGAGUCGUGGGUAGCCUGAAAAAGAAGCACGCGAAUAGCACUCCUUCAUUCCUUCUGAGAACUUGUCUCAUAAUUGAUACCAAGCAUAGAAGUUGCAAGAACGAUUAAAGAUGCAAAGGGAUGAAAUAUGAAGCUAAACCACCCUCCUCCAAAUCAGGCUUCUCCAAAGUUCCCAUAUACCUUACCCAUCCUUAUUAAGUGUGCUUGGAGACACCUCUUCCCCCCCCCCAAAAAAAAAUUGGUGGGGGUGGUUACCACAGAGGUAGUACCUGGUGGCAGUUACAAUCAACGAGAGAAAGCUCUAUUCUGUGGAGAAGACUGCUAUCUCCUCCCCCUUUUAUGUAAUCGAUUAUAUAUUAAUGCAAUCUUAUCAAUACGUGGCCAAGGCCUCUACCAGGAGGGACGUAUCUUAUGGUUCCAUCAAAAGGUCUAUAGGUCUCCCUUGAGAGAAAAAAAAAGCGUCUUGGGGGCUAGGGAUUCUGCUGGCACCCUGGGUGCUGCAGCCCUCCCCCCAAUUAUCUGUUCUGCAAGUCUGGGCCUUGCUUGCCACCUGAGCGUUGGAUCACGGGCCACUGGCUGGUGAUAUCUGGGCCUAAUUCAUUCAUAAACAAAUCUCUUGGGUUGCCCUGUAUUGCAGCGGCUGAAAUGCAUAAAUAGUCUUUUCAGAGAGACACAUUGUUCUUCUGGGAUUACGGUGAUGAUGGUAAUAAUAGGGCAAAGCAAUCAACUGUUUUCCCCUUUUCUUCCAUGACUUUUGCAAAUACUGUAUGGAAAUUUCCAUUGCCUCCUUCGGCUAGGGAAGAUUGUGCCGUUUUUUUUUCCUCCUCAUUUCCCCUCUCCUCUUAUUAUUUUAUUUAUUUAACUAUCGACUUGUAUUGGAACGUUUUGGCCCCAAGUAUUCUCGGGAACAGCCCAAGGCAGCGGCGUGAACUCCAAGACCUUGCUUCCAAGGGGCUCUUGUUUGUUGAACUGAGAAAGCCGGGCAGGAAAUCGCAGUUUCCCUGAGUCCCUCCCUGCGGUUCCUUGACUGAAAAGGCCAAUUCUGACCAACCUCCGGCUCUCCCUGCUGCGGCCGCUUUCGCUGCGGGACAAAGUUUGAACCGCGCGAGCCGGGCUUUCCGCUCCCCCUUUUCUUCGUAACGGAGGUGAAAAACUUAGCGGGCAUUAAAAGACCUGAUACGGAAGAAAGGAUUAUUGAGGCUCAAAGAAGAAAAAGAAGUGCAGUUAUUUCUGGUGAGGAUUUUGCUUUCAUGAAACAGAGAAGAAUGGGACUGAAUGACUUCAUUCAAAAAAUAGCCACCAACUCCUAUGCAUGCAAACAUCCUGAAGUACAAUCAAUUCUGAAGAUUUCCCAGCCUCAAGAACCAGAACUUAUGAAUGCCAAUCCUUCUCCUCCACCUAGCCCAUCUCAGCAAAUCAACCUUGGCCCAUCAUCUAACCCUCAUGCUAAACCAUCAGAUUUCCAUUUCCUGAAAGUUAUUGGGAAAGGUAGCUUUGGAAAGGUUCUUCUUGCAAGGCACAAGGCAGAAGAACAAUUCUAUGCAGUAAAAGUACUCCAGAAAAAAGCAAUCCUGAAAAAGAAGGAGGAGAAACAUAUUAUGUCUGAACGCAAUGUCCUCCUUAAGAAUGUGAAGCAUCCUUUCCUGGUGGGACUUCACUUUUCCUUCCAAACAGCUGACAAGUUGUAUUUUGUCCUAGACUACAUCAACGGUGGAGAGUUGUUCUACCAUCUCCAGAGGGAGCGUUGCUUCCUGGAGCCAAGAGCUCGUUUUUAUGCUGCUGAAAUAGCUAGUGCACUGGGUUACCUGCAUUCUUUGAACAUUGUAUACCGGGACUUGAAGCCAGAGAACAUUUUGCUCGAUUCUCAGGGCCACAUUGUCUUGACUGACUUUGGACUCUGCAAAGAGAACAUUGAACACAACGGCACAACUUCCACAUUUUGUGGCACUCCUGAAUACCUUGCCCCUGAAGUCCUUCACAAGCAACCUUAUGACCGGACUGUGGACUGGUGGUGCCUUGGAGCAGUUUUGUACGAGAUGCUUUAUGGAUUGCCCCCUUUCUACAGCAGAAACACAGCAGAAAUGUAUGACAACAUCUUGAACAAACCUCUACAACUGAAGCCAAAUAUCACCAACUCUGCUAGACACCUUUUGGAAGGACUUUUGCAGAAGGACAGAACUAAGAGGCUAGGAGCAAAGGAAGACUUUAUGGAGAUUAAAAAUCACAUUUUCUUCUCUCCAAUUAACUGGGAUGAUCUUAUAAAUAAGAAGAUUACACCACCUUUUAACCCAAAUGUGAGCGGGCCCAAUGAUCUGCGACACUUUGACCCCGAGUUUACAGAGGAGCCUGUCCCAAACUCCAUUGGCCAGUCUUCAGACAGCAUCCUCAUCACUGCAAGCGUCAAAGAGGCUGCUGAAGCAUUUCUGGGCUUUUCCUAUGCUCCCCCCAUGGAUUCUUUCCUUUGAAUUUUGUGAUUUCUUUUUUUUAAAUAAUAAUAAUAAUAAUUGUUCUUUUGGCAUUCUGAUCAAGCUGCCAGUUGCCUGGUCAUCUUGAAAGAUUUAAAAAAAUUGCACAUCUUCCCACUUUGCAGCCUUAAUUUCAACUGUUAUCAUUUUCUGAAAGCUUUUUUUUUGGGAGGGUGUGUGUGUUCUUGUCCAACUGGAAGAGCACAUUUAACUCCUUUUGAGUGAACUCAUGACAUUUCACUACUGGUUCUUCCCACUCACCCAAGUGGUGCUACAUCACAGUUGCAAGUACUAAAAGGAGAAGGGAAAAAAUGCAGCUGCUGCCAUAGACUGCUCUAGAGUAUAAGCCCAGGAACAAGACUCUUUGAUUGGUGUCCUUGAUUGGUGAGCAUAGCGCCCCCAACUUGGGGAUCUUUCUGGAUGUGAAGAGAACUUUAUGAAGACGUGCCUUUUCCCCCCCUCCGGACGUUGAGAUCUUUGUGAACUCUGAAGUUUUUAUCACAAGAGUGCUUUUGGAUUCAUGUGUGAGAGAGUGUAACGUGGACAAAUGGCAGGAGUGCAAUUUGUAUAUUCCCACAGACGGACUUAGCUCAGAGGUGUCUGUGUGACACUUGGAGGACAGUGUGGGGCAUUGUUUGUUCCUUCCAUAUUUGGAAGACAAUAAAUUAAUAAAUGUAGAUAGUGAUUUUUUUAAAAGAAAAAUAUGUAAAAAUAUAUAGUUCAAAUGGGCUUCAACUACUUGUAUCCCAAAUGCUUGAAGAAAGCAUUGCUGCUAUGGAAAUAUAUAUAUACAGAUAUAUAUGUAUAUAAAUAUUUCUAUUUUUAGAAAUGGUUUCUAUGGACCAAAAUGCCCCAGCUGUUGUCUGCUAAUCUGUUGGUUUAGUUCAUUUUUUUGUUCAGAAUCUGUAAAUUUGGGCAUUAUUUAUGGGUAUUGUUUGCUUGCAUUCCUUGUUGUAUGUAUUUGUAAAAAGAUUUGUACAGUUGAUUGCAAUGCUAAAUAAAUAUUUAAAAGAAAAAAAACUUUAAAGGCUCAUAAUGUAUACCACCAUUGUAAUGUACUUAACAUUGUUAUAAUAUGUACCAUUUUUGUGACCAAACCCAUUGGUUUGCAGUAAAAUCUUGGACAAUA